CAGGGGCAGAGGCUAGGGACGGGGGUAGGGCCGGAACCUGGGCCGGGGCAGGGGCUGGGGCUGGAGUCGAGGCCGGCGUCGGAGCCGAGUCCGGGGCCAGGGGCGAAUCCGCGCGGAGCUGGGAUCCGAGCCGAGUCCGAGUCCGGGACCUGGACCUGGGCCACCUCCACCGCCUCCUCCUCCAGGGAUAGCAGUCCCUCCUCCGCCAUAUUCUCCAUAGUUACCGCCUCCGUGCCCGGCCCGCCCGGGGACCGGGAGGGGGCUCACAGCGGAGUCAGAAAAUUGAGGUGAAUGCCCACAGGCCAGGAUCCAAGGAAAGCAAAUGGGGAGGGCAGGAUGCGUGCAACGGACAAAAGAAGAACGAGUGACUAGAUCCUGUCAGCAGACAAACAGAAAGCCAAAAGCAGCGAUCCCAAGUCCCGUCCCCUGCCCUUUCCCCGCGGCGUCACGACAUCACAGACUGCGCAGGCGCACACUGAGCCGCCGUCCAAUGGGGUAAGAGUUCCGCCUCGGCGGCGCGUCUCCGUUCUUCAGCCCACCACCGACCGGAAGCAAGACUACAGGACCCAGGGUGCACUGCGCCGCCGGGGCGGAGCCGCCGCCCCACCCCUCGGAGGAAGUAAACACCGGUCUAAACAAACGCUCGUGGGUAGGCUGACGCGGAGCGCGGAACUACGUUUCCCAUCGGGCCUCCGGGGUCCCCCCCGCCGCCGGCGCUGCUUUUCAAAAUGUCCAAUAAGGAACCCUGUAGAAAAAAAGAGACGUCUCAGAGAAGAUGUACCACAUCAUCAUCCACCUCUGAUGAAGACAAGAAAGAGAAAAAAACCUCAGCAAGUUCUACUAGUUCAGCUUAUGCUGUAAGAUCAGCUUCAUCAGAGAAGAGAAAACUGAAACCAGAUCAUGCAGAUGUUCUGUACUGUAAUACAAAAAGAAAACAGGAACCAAAAAGAUUGAAUGACUCUUCAAGAAAGAGGCCAAAAAGCAGUUGUUUAUCCCAAGGACCAAUUAAGCUUCAGAAAGCAUCAUCAUCAUCAAAUGAUAAUCCAAUUAUUUCUCAGAGUCCUUCUUCAAAUGGAACUAAAAAACAUACAAGUAAAUGUGUAGAUUUUGAACUUAAAGAUACUAAAUUGACAAAUAUGAGAGGUAAACCUGAUCAUGGAAUCAAGAACCUUAGCAGCCCUCGUACUGUCAAAGAUAUGAAAUCUAAAGCUGAAGGCCUGGCAAGUGAAAAGAAAUGGCAUCACUUACUUGCUCAAAAGGAGAAGGUGAAAGACCUUCAGAAAGAAAGGAGCAGUAAGUUUAGAGAUAGUUCUGAGAAAUGUGUCUUGGAGAAUUGCCAGCAAAGCCAAUCUUCUCAGGAUUGUAGUCCCAACAAGAUAAUUAAGGAACCUUUUGAAUCUAGAAGGAAGAUCAGUUUCAAAAUCCCGACAAAAUCCCGUGAUGGCCUCCAGAAACCUGUAGAAGAGAAUGUCUUCAGUUCAGAUUCUAGCAAGUCAGUGACUGAACAGAAGAAUAAAUUUUUGGAAAGUUCCCAGGCUUUGUUAAACUUGACUAGGCACAGAAGCAAACGUUUAUUUUCAGAUUCCACAUAUAAGAAGAAUGUGCAUGAGUGGAAAAGAAAAUAUCAUCGUGAACAUCAGGAAAAUUAUGAUUCAAAUUCUAGUGAAAACCUAACUCAGAUUUUGGAAGCACCAUGUUCUUCAUUGUCACCGGAAAGUAUUCAAGAUACAGAUCAAGAGAUGCAGAUAGUAGAAGAACUUCAUGCUGCACGUGUAGGAAAAAGUGUGGAUUUAUCUGUGGUUUCCCUUCCCGGAGAGACAACGAGUAUGGACAUCGACUUGGUGGCAGAUGAUGUGCAUUCUUCCGCUGCAAAUACUGCUUCAGACAAAAAGCUUCUGAUUGUUAUUGACACAAAUGUUCUGAUGAAUCAUCUCAAAUUUGUUAGAAUUUUGAAGACAACAGAAAUACCAGGCUUUGACAGACUUGUGUUAAUAAUUCCUUGGGUGGUUGUUCAAGAACUAGAUCAUAUGAAGGCAGGAAAAUUACUAAAACAUGCCCAGCACAAAGCUAUACCUGCAGUUCAUUUCAUCAAUGACAGUCUCAAAAAUCAAGAUAGAAAUCUGUGGGGUCAAUCAAUACAACUUGCAUCUCAGAAACUUUAUGGAUUGAGUGAUGAGAACAAUGAUGAUCGAGUAUUAAAAUGCUGUCUUCAGUACCAGGAAUUAUUCCCUUGUUCUCUAGUUAUUCUGUGCACGGAUGAUAGAAAUUUAAGAAGCAAAGGCCUAAUAAGUGGUGUGAAGUCACUCAGUAAAGAAGAUUUGAGUGCAGAGUUAUUAAACUUGUCUCUUAACACAGAUGUGCCUAAUCAACUGUGUAUUUCUAAGCAGCAGUUGAAAGCAGAAGCAGCGCCCUUGGAAGAGAACUGUGAGAAAGAAUCUACAACGUCUGGACUGUCCAUUCUACUUGAAAGUGUCACAUCUCAGCUUGAAAAAGCUCUCGGAACAGCUUUAUCUUCAAUAUUAGAAACAGAAAUGAAAAUUGCUUUUGGAGACCUCUGGAUGGAGAUGCUGUACUUGAAACCACCAUGGACUCUAAUACAUUUAUUACAGUGUUUUAAAAAACAUUGGUUGGCUGUAUUUGGAUUAAUUGUGGAAAAGAGCUUGCUUUUGACUAUUGAGAGCCUGUACAAAAAUCUCUGUAAAGUUAAUAACACAGUGGAUUUUACAACAGUGAAAUUCCUGCUUCAGGAUUCUAAAAGUUUGUUACAUGCUUUCAGUACAAGGUCAGAUUAUGAUGGUAAUCUUCCACAGGCCUUUGCUCAAGUAAACAAACUGCUCCAAACAUUAGCAGAGGUCAAGACAAAACUUAAGCCCAGUUCUUCAGAAAACACGGUGAGUGAAAAGCAGGAAGAUACUACUUUGAUGAAAUCUCAUAAUGAAGACAUCCCUGUUUUCUCGAAUUCUCAUCUUCCUCAACCCAGUAGGCAUCAAGAAAUCUGGUCCGUCCUAGAAAAUCUUUGGUUUACAAUAUAUCAGAACAGCAUGGAUGUGUUUCAGAGAUUGAGUCCAGAUUCAACUCCAUCUACUUCAAAAAUAGCAUCAUUUGAAGAAGCAUUUAUACAUCUUCAAAAGCUAAUGGCAGCGGUGAAGGAUAUUCUUGAAGGAAUUCAGAGGAUUUUGGCCCCCAACAGUAAUUAUCAAGAUGUUGAGACUCUCUUUAACUUCCUUAUCAAAUAUGAGGUAAAUAAAAAUGUUGAAUUUACUGCCCAAGAACUUUAUGAUUGUGUUUCUCAGACUGAGUAUCGGGAAAAGUUAACUAUUGGAUGCCACCAGCUGGUUGAGAUGGGAUAUACCAUGCAGCAGUGCAAUGCAUCUGUCUAUAUGGAGGCCAGAAAGAGGGGCUGGUGUGAAGACACACUCAACCACAGGACCUAAGCGUUGAUUUGUAACUUAAAAGGAAUUAAUACAUUUGUCUUAAAAAAAUAACAGUAGCAUUCAACCUGGUCACUUUUCUGAGUCAAACCGAAGAGAAUGAUAAGAAAGUUUAUAGGUACAAAAAAGUGAUUGCCUAUUACUAGCUCCUUGAAGCGCUAAAACAAUCUAACACAUCCAUUGUGGGAUAAACUGCGGACUCAAAUUUUGUGGAACUGACAGUACCUCCUUACCUCUACUCCUGAUCCGAGCCACAAUCUCCAAGGAAGGAAGAGCCAUCUCUAGCCAUCCUCAGGCAGAAGCUUCUGUGGCAUCAGAAGCAGGCUCAGGGCCCAGCAGUAGCAUCUCCAACCCUCAGUAUGGGCAUGUGACCAGAUCAUGCCAAAGCCUAAAGACUAGUACGUGACCAUGCUCUCCACAUUCCGUCAGUGAACUUUUACCCUGGGCUGAUUCUGUGAUCAAGCUAUCAUCCAUGUGGACCUGGUGAAAUUAAUACCUGUGUACCCCCAACUCCCUCAAGGUAAUGAAAGCCAAAAUCUGACUGUAGUGUGCCUACUUCCUGUCUAGCCUGUUUUCUGAGCUCGUACCUUUUCAGUGUAUGUCUAAUGGGGCAGAGCAUGGUGAGCCCUGUGUGGAGUUCCCUCUUAAUGUGAAGCAGCAUGAAUUUAUAAAAUGACAUGAAUGCGAUUGAUGUCUGCCCCCUGAAACCUUAUUUAAGUAUACAGUAAGUUGGAAAUCCUUGUUUAUUAGACUGUAUUAUGCUCCUGUUAAUACAUUAGAUUAAAUCAAAUUUGGUAUUCUAUUCUAAGCAGUACUUUAUUUUUCAAAAGCAAUAAAUUUAUUUUUAGUAAGA